UGCCAAACAUCCCAAACACCAAGCGUGAGAGCCUCUCUCUCUCUCUCUCUCUCUCUCUCUCUCUCUCCUUUUAAACUCUCUGCUUAUAAAUAUACACGGCCUUCUCUUUUUAUAAGAAAAAAAUAAAAUAAAAAUUCAUCUUUCCUUUCCUUUCCACACGCAUAAAACAGAGCAACAAGAUGGGCUUACAGAACCAGCUAAACGACGUAUCGUCUGAUUCUAUCCCCUUAUUGCUCCUAGCACUCAUAGCCAAAUACGUCGAUCAUCUCCGCUCUUUAUUUUUCACCCUCUUCCACUCCUUGGGUCUUUCCCGAUUAGGUUCUUCCCAUGGCGUAAUCGAUGAUGGACUCCUUGGCUCAACGGGUUCUGGCCUUGGUGGCCUCAUCGUCCUAGCCGAGCAGCUCAAUAUCAACCGCGUUUUCUCUUACAAGUACUGUUGUGGAGGAGGCGAUGAUAGCAAUAAGGGAGGAUCGGAUUGUGUGGUGUGCUUGUGCACGCUAAGAGAUGGGGACCAGGUCAGGAAGCUUGAUUGCCGCCAUGUCUUUCACAAGGAAUGCUUUGAUGGAUGGCUUGAUCAUCGCAAUUUCAAUUGCCCACUGUGCCGCUCGCCACUCGUCUCCAUUCAGCACGUGGAAUUCACGCAGAGGCGCGUAGGUGGCGAUUUAGUGGAUUGGUUCUCUAUGAGGUGAUGCGUGUGUUCUGAUGCGGCGUUAGAUGGUUGUUAUCAGCGGUGGAAGAUGACUGGAGAAAUUUUUUUUUUCUUAAAUUGGAAGUUUUAUGGCAGUUUUGACCAUGGACUCUCUUUUUAAUCUUUUCUCCAAUUUUUUCUCUUUUUUUUUUUUUAGAGCUCUUGAGGGUUCUUUCUUUUUUUUUUUUUUUUGUAAAUUUUUAAAUUUGAGUGUUUGUUGUGAGAGGGAAGGAGUACAGUCUGUGAUGGUGCUUAUCAGGAUAUUUGGACUUAUUAUUUCGUUUAUUUGAAUGAGAGCUGUUAAUUAUUAUUAAUUGAAUUUAAAUUUUAAUCUUUAAUUUUUUAA